AUGCAACAGCAAAACAAAAUCAGCGAAAGAAUACAAGCGCUGGAGCAGUCGACGCAGUUGUCGCAGUAUGCAUCAGUGCGCCAGCGGACAGCGCAGUCGCGACAGAAUGCAUACACAGCGCAGGCCAUAGACAGCAGACUGUCCGUCAAGGGACGUGCAGCGCGCUUCUCGCAAUUCGACACAGGCAAGCCAUUGGAACCUGUGAGGCAGAACAGUGUAAGUGGAGGUGGACAGAUUAUUGGCAAUAGGAUACCCAGAGUCAGUGUCGGUGAGGGUGGUGCGGGGGUUGCAGGUGGUGUAGGUGGUGCGCAAUUAGGUGUGCAGGCUCACAGGAGCAUCAGCGCGGGACCAGCUGGAGCUAGUGUCAAUAACCCCGGCGAUCACACCUCUACACACUCUCCAACCGCCUCACAGCGCAGGAGGUCAGAGGAUAUCGCUGUAUUGAGUGGCUCGCGCCUUUCAAUAAUGUCCGAUCAGAGCUCUCAGUCGAUGCCAACGUGGCAGAGUCCUGCUAAGGUGCUUGGCGCCGAGGAGCAGCGCGAAAGAGAGACAGACAGAGUGGAGACAAUAGGGAUGGAUAAGGUGGAUGAAGCGGCAGGAUUAGCCAAAAUAGAUACAAAAACCAGCAAUCAAAAUCAAAAUCAAAGUCGCAAUCACAGCUGCAGACGCAAACCACUGCCAUCAUUCGUUGUGCGUGAGAGAGAAGAGCAUUUUGAUAAGGAAGCGACAUUCCCCAACGAAACAGACAACGGGUGGAACUAUAUAGCGACAAAUAAAUCAAAACAGUCCGACUCAGAUGCCAAGGCACACGCCCAAAAAGAAACAGAAUUAGCGCAAGCAGAAGACUUCGGUCCAUCGAUACCACUGGAAGAACGCUUCAACUUUAUAUCCCUCACUGAACCACCUGCGAUAUCAAAGCUUGAGCCUAAGUUGAUUGGUAAUCACAGCAAUGACAACAGCUAUGACAAGAUAAUACCCAAUAAAAGACCGCAUAACACAAGUGCAGCCGGUGAUUGGAGAUCACCGCAUAAAGCAAGAUUGUCGACUUCAGCAGACUCAAUCGCCGGCUCAACUAAAUCCACUUUCAAGAGCUCAAUGGGCAGGAUAUUUAAAGGAAGGAUGUUUAGGAGAAGAAAGACGCUCGAGGGCGUGCAGAUAAAUACAUCGCAAAGUGAUAUCCCACCACUGCCUACGAGCUUCAGUCAGACUUUGCCGGCAGUGAGGAGCAUUGAGCCAAUGAAGAUCGACCUACCUACAGCCGAGGAUAUUGAUCAGCGCGAGGAGAAUGGGAAGAGGGAGGAGAGGCGGAGCCGCGAGAGAAAGGAGGAGAUGGUUAGGAAUAGGAUGGUGCAGGAGGAGCGCUUGCGCAAGAUAAAGGAAGCUGAGCAGCGGCGUAAGCAGGAGAAAGUGAGACAUGAGAAGAUAAAAGAAGAUGAGACCAAACAAGAGAAGAGAAAUCGAGAAAAGGAAAUAGCGAUUGAGGAUGCUGAUUGGGCAACUGCUGUGAUCAGGGAGUAUGGAGAGUGA